CCUCUAGCAGGCAGCAUGUGUACAGCAGCAGAGGUUGCGUGGUAACGGCAGCAGGAAGGCUCAGCCCUGCCCUGGCUCCCCGCAGAGCGCCGAGCAGCGCGGGGUCUUAGCUCAGCUGUCAGAAUGGAGCUGGACAUCCAGUGUGAGGAGAUGAGCCCAGCCAGAUGGGCUGAGCUUCUGUCCACCAUGAAAUCCUGCAAAGCCAUCAGACUGGAUGACUGCAACCUCUCCAGCAGUAGCUGCAAGGAUCUCUCCUCCAUCAUCCAUAUGAAUCCCUCCCUGACAGAGCUGAAGCUGAACAACAAUGAGCUGGGAGAUGCAGGCAUUGAGUACCUCUGCAAAGGGCUGCUGAAGCCAAGCUGCAGCCUGCAGAAGUUAUGGCUGCAGAACUGCAACCUGACCAGUGCCAGCUGCGAGACCCUGUGCUCCCUGCUCUGCGCCCAGCCGGCCCUCACCGAGCUCCACGUGGGGGACAACAAGCUGGGCACAGCUGGGGUGAAGGUGCUGUGCCAGGGCAUCCUCAACCCCCACUGCAAGCUGCAGAAGCUGCAGCUGGAAUACUGCGAGCUGACAGCCGACGUCGUGGAGGCGCUGAACGCCGCGCUGCACAGCAAGCCCAGCCUGAAGGAGCUGAGCCUCAGCAACAACACCCUGGGGGAUGCAGCUGUGAAGCAGCUGUGCCAGGGGCUGGUGGAGGCAAGCUGCAACCUUGAGUUACUCCACCUGGAGAACUGUGGCAUCACCAGCGAGAGCUGCAGGGAGAUCAGUGCCCUGCUCUGCAGCAAGGCAGCCCUGCUCGACCUCUCCGUGGGGGACAACAAGAUUGGAGACUCUGGGCUGGCCCUGCUCUGCCAGGGCCUGAUGCAUCCCAGCUGCAGGAUACAGAAGCUCUGGCUGUGGGACUGUGACCUCACAAGUGCCAGCUGUAAAGACCUCUCCAGGCUCAUCAGCACCAAGGAGAGCCUGGCAGAGAUCAGCCUGAUAGACAACAACCUGAGGGACUCAGGCAUGGAGAUGCUGUGCCAGGCACUCAAGGAUCCCAGAUCCAAACUCCAGGAGCUGUGGGUGAGGGAGUGUGGGCUGACUGCUGCCUGCUGCAAGGCUCUCAGCUCAGCCCUCUGCACACACAAGCACCUGAAGGUCCUGCACAUGGGGGAGAACAAGCUGGGAGACGCCGGUGUGGAGCUGCUCUGCCAGGGGCUGCUGCACCCCAGCUGCAGCCUCCAGGCCCUCUGGCUGGGGAACUGUGACCUGACCGCAGCCUGCUGCGCCAGCCUGGCCGCUGUCGUGGCCUCCAAGCAGUGCCUGACCGAGCUGGACCUCAGCUACAACUGCCUGGAAGAUGAGGGUGUGAGGAAGCUCUGUGAGGCCCUCAGCAGCCCCAGCUGCAACCUGCAGCAGCUAAUCUUGUAUGACAUUUACUGGAGCUCUGAAGUGGAUGAGGAGCUGAGAGCCCUGGAGGAGUCCAAGCCCGAGGUGAAGAUCAUUUCCUGAGUGCUGGCUGCCUGCAGAGC